AUGAAACAUCUGAUCAUAUACUUUUCCAAUGUCCUUUGGCUAUUUUCCUGUGGUCAUUCUUGCGGGACUGCUUGGGGUGGUGCGCUAUGGUCCAUUUGGAAGUCUCGCAAUGAUGUGGUAUUCAACAAGAAGAUCGUGACGUCGCCGGUAGCGCUGAUCUACAAGAUGCUGAUGCUGUCCAAGACCUGGUGUCCUCUACUCAAGCCGAAGUUGAAGCCCAUGGCGGAUGAGAUGAUAAACAGGAUCUUGGUGAACACGGUUUCUGUGAUGUAG